AUGCUGCCAAUUUUAAGAGAUGAGAUCAAAGAAAUUUAGAUAUUGAUUGAUAAUAUCAACUAAGAUUCCUUCUAACUAAUUAAUAAACAUUAAAAUGAUGAGGAAUAAAAACAGGUACCAGCUCAAAAUGAACAAGAGAUCAAAGCUAAAGAAUAAAAAGAUAGAGAAGUGGCUAUGACAUUAGAAAAAAUAGUCUAGCAAGAUAGGCCAAAAUACUUAGAAUUCAGAAGAUUGGUUGACUAUCAUUUAGAAUCUUUGAAAUAUCAAGAAAUGAAAGAUAAGCCUAAACUUCUCCCAAUUACAGGCCAAACUAAACUCUUAUAUAAGGCUACAAAUGAUGGAUUUUUGGCUGCUAAUUUUCAUUAAAAAUGCGAUAAUCAAGGAAAAACUAUAUCUUUCAUCUUGAGUGAUUAGGGCCAGGUAUUCGGAGGUUAUACAUCUCUCUCUUGGGCAUCUAAUAAUACUCAAUAUAAAGAUAAUGAUGCAUUUAUUUUUAGUUUGAGUAAAAAUACUCUACACAAAUAGUAUCAAAACUUUGAUUAUGCAGUUUAUCAUGGUAAAGAUUAUUUGAUAGUAUUUGGUGGAGGCCAUGAUAUUCGUAUUUAUACAGGUUGCAAUAAUAAUACUAGCAAUCUUAACUAAUGCAAUUUAGGGUAUGCAUAUUUACCUCCAUAAGGUUUAAAGUAUGGAGACUAAUAAGCUACAGAAUAUUUAGCUGGAAGUGCUUAAUUCAAAGUAAUCGAAAUAGAAGUUUAUUAAGUCAUAGUAUGA